AUGGCGUUCCUGAAAUUGGCUACUGCCUUCCUUCUGGCAGUCUCAUCUUCUGCUACGCCCUCAGGCCAUCAUCACGAAGAGCCAGACUGGCAAAUUCUGGUUGGUGGACAGAAUACAACCGUCAAGCCUGCCUUGAUCUCAGGCAAUGGCAAGCUGAAUGGCGGACGCGGCACAGUCGACAUCACAGACAUCAGCGAGAGGAUCACCAAAGUCUCCAUCAACACGACUUACGACUUUGUCGGCGCACGUUUUACCGCCAAUGAAUCGGAAAGGUUUUUCGGUGUCUGGGAGUACCCCUGGUCUGGUAGUCUAGACAAUGCUGGCAUUUCCUACGACUUCAAGGGCAUUGGCAAUUCUAAAGGUGUCCACUGGGCAAACGCUCGAGCCCCGUUCUUCUUCUCUGAUGCCGGAUGGGCUGUCUACGCCGAUACUCUAACGAUGGGCUCGUUCAACUUCAGCGUGCCUGUCCAUCCGCAGUUUAUAUUCAACACCAGCAGCCUGGUAUACUACAUCAUCAAAUCUGAUCGCAAGAAUGAACAUGGCAUCAAAGGCAUCUUGGAGGACUACGCCAAGAUAAGUAAUACGAUUGGCAUGCCGCCUGAUUCGAGUUUUGGCCCGACUUUCUGGAGUGAUGACUUUACGCAAGACUUUCACGAAGGCGUGACUAAUGCCGAAGAGAACUAUUACGAUGUUGUCAACCACCUGUACGACAACCAGAUCCAUGCGACGGCGAUGUUUGCAGAUCGGCCAUACGGCACUGGUAAUUACAGCUACGGCAAUUUCGACUUCGAUCCUGUCUUCUAUCCGAAUCCUCAGGAGUUCAUCGCGAACCUAUCCUCUUGGGGCUUUGAUUUUCAAGUCUGGGCAGCGAACCGUGCAUUCUACCAGACCGAACUCUUCAACACAAGCGACGAAAAUGGCUGGCUGUUCCCUGGAAUCGAUCCAAUCUUCUUCCGAGGUCCAGCGCUCAACCUCAGCAUACCUGAGGCGUACGAAUAUUUCAAGCAACGUCUCGAGUACUUCCCAUCAAUCGGCGUCAAAGGUUACAAGAUCGAUCGAGGGGAGGAGGAAGAAAUGCCCGAGAAAUGGGGAGAGAACGUCUUCUACAAUUUUGCUCGCAGCGUAGUCGAUAGGUCUCGGUCGACCACAGCGGUCUGGAAUGGCGACAGCUGGGCGAAUUUCACCGGACUUUCGUACAGUGUGGCUAGUGGCAUUCGAUCAGGUCUCAUCGGCUUUUCGCAAUGGGGCAGCGAUACGGGAGGCUAUAUUCGCAAGUCAGCGGACCCUAACGAGGCAGUUCCCAGCGAGGAAGUAUGGGCUAGGUGGAUGUGGUUCAGUGCCUUCUCUCCAGUGUACGAGAUCAUGAUUGGCACGAAUCAUACGCCAUGGUAUCCGCCGUACACCAACGAUCUUGUGCAGGUGCUUAAGCAGACGACGGACGUGCAUCACGAGCUGUUGCCAACCAUCAAGUCAUAUACAUACCAGGCACACAAGACCGGCCUUCCAGUGAUGCGAGCCGCUUUCCUGGAAGCACAGAAUGACCCCAAAGCUUUCGAAAUUAACGACGCAUACUUCUUCGGAGAAGACCUGUACACCGCGCCAAUCGUCACGGCAGGUGGUGAGCGUUCGAUCUACUUCCCGAACACAGGCCGGAAGUACCUCGAAUACUUCGAAAAGAAAGAGCUUUACGAAGCCGGCACUACUACGAGUGUCUCCAUCGACACGAACACCACACCAGCAUAUAUUCUGGAGGGCGGAAUCAUCGUCAAAGGUGAUAUCUUGCAGGGUAACAAUAAGUGGACCGAGGACUGGAAGCCUUCCCUGACCAUUGAGAUCUACCCAUCGCCAAAAGUGAGGACCAAGCAAUCCAGCUACUACACGGGUAGCAAAGAAGUCCUCAUCAAAGCGCACACGGAUGCCAGAGCACGACAUGUGAAGGUAGAAUAUGGGGCGUUGGAGGUCGCGGGUACCAUUGUUCUAUUCACGAAGGACGGCAAUAGAACGGUGGAAUUGUGCGCCGAAGGCGGCACGGCAAGCUUUGAAGAUGUGACCAGCCUGUUCGACGAAUAGAUGAGAAAAGAGAUAUUUGAGCUCAUUUUGAAGAAUCAAGACCAAUGAGGUAUGUGGUCUUGAUGUAGAGUUUGGAAAAACGACAGGAAUAUACAUACUGCCAGGCACGGCAUAUACACAGUACGGUAUUCUUCUUCUCGCC